AUGUCUGGCAGCCACGUCGCCGGCAAUCGCAACAGCACCCCUGAAGUCAAUGCGCCCUCUCUAAGACCACCCUCUUCCCGAGCAGUUGGCUCUGGCAGCUCGCUGCGCGCCUCUGCCGACAUGGCGGCGAUAUCAGGGACGUCGCCGGCCAGCCGCAUCAGGCCGUCAUCCGAUUUCUAUGGCCAACCACAGCAAGGGGGUCACGGCCCUGGGGGCCUGGACAUUGAUUCUCAGGACAAGAUCGCCCAACAGUGGAUUGCGGACAUUGAUCAGUAUGAGACGACGCUGGAAGAAAUGGCUGCGGCCACGCUCGAUCAGGAUUUCAAGGAUGAGCUGAGCGCUAUUGAGCAGUGGUUUCGCGUCCUUAGCGAGGCCGAGCGCACAGCUGCUCUGUAUGCAUUGCUUCAGCAGACAACUCAGGUCCAAAUCCGCUUCUUUAUUCAAGUUCUCCAGCAGAUGGGCAAGAACCACCCGAUGUCCGGUGUUCUCUCCCCUGCGACUUUUGACAAAGACCCAAUGUCCAGUCGGCUUAGCGAUGCCAUGAACAAGCUCAACGUCGACUCUGCCCGAAACUCAUUCGCUCGCAACUCAGCUAUUUCAACAUCCAAGCGACACUCUGGCCUCGAUGCUUCCACGAUCAAUGCCAUGUUCCCAGAUGCCGCAGCAGCUAUUGCGACUGAAAAAGCAAAGUUUACCCAGCAAACAGGAAACCCGCCUUCAUCGAACCGUAACAGCGUUGCCAUCGAUCCCCGAGCCGCACUGACGGGAUCCAGCAUCCCGGCUGCCACUCCGGAUUCUAGAGAUGGCAAUGUCGCCUCAUCAGCAUCGCCAUGGGGCAGCGGCGGAGACCCCGCAGCAGCUUCCAAGGCGGGAUCAUCUCAAACCCCAAUGGGCCAAUUCGUCCAGCCUCCAGCCUCUGGAGGAGGUUUGAGGUCACCACGGCCACAGCUGUCGAGUAAUUCUACUCUUCAAACCACCACCUUGACUCGUGACAAAAAUGCGCCUGAGUUGCCCCUCUUGUCGCCAUAUGCAACUGGCAGUGGCAACUGGGCUUCCAUGGUCAACACACCGAUGGCACCAACAUUUAAUACAAACUCCGCUGGCCAGGCUGACAUGGUGGCCAACGCGACAGCAAUGAAACUUGCAGCUCUCUCUACGGUCAACAACCGCUUUGCUUUGGACGACGUUCGCAAAUAUCGAAGAGCCAGGUCCAACGAUGCUCCAGGGGCACAGCACCAGAUGCCUCCUACUCCUUCGCACAUCAAUAUCCCCAAUGCCAAUGUUGUCAUGAUUAACGAACAUGGGCAAAUACUGAAUCGCGAUCAGCUGAUGGCCCUUCAAGCACAGCAAGGUCUCAGUCUUGGAGGACAGCGAUCUCGUCCGAGCUCUCCAGGCUUGCCCUUACAGUCUGGCAUGGGACCCAUGUCACAUUUUACUUCUCCUCAACACAACGGCUUUCUUAGCGCAUAUGAUGGUUCUGCAUUGAUGGCCGGCGGCAUGUCGCCUGUCGGCUUGGGGCAACUAGGAAUAAACACCCAUGAAGGAUACCUCUCGGACCACUCUGACAUGGCUCGAGGACGGUCACCGAGAGGAAGACGAGGAAGCUCAAAGCCUCCGGAAGACCCCACGGAUCCUACUCUUCUUCAGGAUAUCCCUAGCUGGCUUCGCAGCUUGCGGCUACACAAGUACACAGACAAUCUGAAAGAUAUGAACUGGACAGACCUGAUCGAAUUGGAUGACAAGGCUCUGGAGGACCGAGGUGUAAACGCUCUCGGAGCACGGCGCAAGAUGCUGAAAGUUUUUGAGCAGGUCAAAGAAGCCAAGGCGGAAGGCAGGAUAGGUUAA